AUUCGAGCCGGAAGCGGGCUGGGAGGUGUUGGCGGCGGCGGCGGCGGCGCACGUGGUGACGUGCAAGGGGGUGCGGCGCGAGCGGUUGGCGGCGGCAGAGGCAGUGUGUCCCGGUCGCGUGUGGAGGUCGGUCGCUCAGAGCUGCUGGGGGCGCUUUCUCCGCCUGCUGCUGCGACGCAGCUGUGCCAGCGAGCGAGCGAGUUCCCGCGAAUUCUCGGUGGCGCUCCGCCCUCGUCGCUGCCUCCACGGACUGGCCGCUAGUCCUCCCGCUCGAUCGCUUCCCCCAUCCGUCGCCUCGAGGCGCUUUCGGUUGGGCCGAUUCCCGCCCGCUUCCUCCUGCUCCCCGUCGAAGCUCUAGAGAUGAAUUUUUCCAUCUCUUCAGGGAUGAGCCAGAUUAUGAUGUACCAUUAUCACAGAAGAAAUUUGUGUCUAUAGCUUUUAAGGACUUGAUUACAUCAUUUUCAAGCCUGAUAGUUUUGGAAUCCACAAUUGGAGCUUAAGACACAUCUGCUUUUACUCUGACCACCUGUCUUCGUACCUUGACAAACUGCUGCGUUUUAACACUCCUUUGUCUCUGGAUUAAGAGUUCUCAGAAAUAUAUUUGUCACCAAUAUAAUAGCCACAUUUAAAAGGAAAAAUGAUUCCCAAUGGAUAUUUGAUGUUUGAAGAUGAAAAUUUUAUUGAGUCUUCUGUUGCCAAAUUAAAUGCCUUGAGGAAAAGUGGUCAGUUCUGUGAUGUUCGACUUCAGGUCUGUGGCCAUGAGAUGUUAGCACACAGAGCAGUGUUGGCUUGCUGCAGUCCCUAUUUAUUUGAAAUAUUUAAUAGUGAUAGUGAUCCUCAUGGAAUUUCCCAUGUUAAAUUUGAUGAUCUCAAUCCAGAAGCUGUUGAAGUCUUGCUGAAUUAUGCCUACACUGCUCAGUUGAAAGCUGAUAAGGAAUUAGUAAAAGAUGUUUAUUCUGCAGCAAAAAAGCUGAAGAUGGACCGAGUGAAGCAGGUUUGUGGUGAUUAUUUACUAUCCAGAAUGGACGUUACCAGCUGCAUCUCUUACCGAAAUUUUGCAAGUUGUAUGGGAGACUCCCGAUUGUUGAAUAAGGUUGAUGCUUAUAUUCAGGAGCAUUUAUUACAAAUUUCAGAAGAGGAGGAGUUUCUUAAGCUUCCAAGACUAAAGUUGGAGGUAAUGCUUGAAGAUAAUGUUUGCUUACCCAGCAAUGGCAAACUGUAUACAAAGGUAAUCAACUGGGUGCAGCGUAGCAUCUGGGAAAACGGAGACAGUCUGGAAGAGCUGAUGGAAGAGGUUCAAACCUUGUACUACUCAGCUGAUCACAAGCUGCUUGAUGGGAACCUACUAGAUGGACAGGCUGAGGUGUUUGGCAGUGAUGAUGACCACAUUCAGUUUGUGCAGAAAAAGCCACCACGUGAGAAUGGCCAUAAGCAGAUAAGUAGCAGUUCUACUGGAUGUCUCUCUUCUCCAAAUGCUACAGUACAGAGUCCUAAGCAUGAGUGGAAAAUCGUUGCUUCAGAAAAGACUUCAAAUAACACUUACUUGUGCCUGGCUGUGCUGGAUGGCAUAUUCUGUGUAAUUUUCCUUCAUGGGCGAAAUAGCCCACAGAGCUCACCAACAAAUACUCCAAAACUAAGUAAGAGCUUAAGCUUUGAGAUGCAACCAGAUGACCUAGUAGAAAAGCCCAUGUCACCUAUGCAAUAUGCACGAUCUGGUCUGGGAACAGCAGAAAUGAAUGGCAAACUCAUAGCUGCAGGUGGCUAUAACAGAGAGGAAUGUCUUCGAACAGUUGAAUGCUAUGAUCCACAUACUGAUCAUUGGUCCUUUAUUGCUCCUAUGCGAACACCAAGAGCCCGAUUUCAAAUGGCUGUACUGAUGGGCCAGCUCUAUGUGGUAGGGGGAUCAAAUGGACAUUCAGAUGACCUGAGUUGUGGAGAGAUGUACGAUCCAAACAUAGAUGACUGGAUUCCUAUUCCAGAAUUGAGAACUAACCGUUGUAAUGCAGGAGUGUGUGCUCUGAAUGGAAAAUUAUACAUCGUUGGUGGCUCUGAUCCAUAUGGACAAAAAGGACUAAAAAAUUGUGAUGUAUUUGAUCCUGUAACAAAGUCAUGGACAAGCUGUGCUCCUCUUAACAUUCGUAGACACCAGUCUGCAGUCUGUGAGCUUGAUGGUUAUCUGUACAUAAUUGGAGGUGCAGAGUCUUGGAACUGUCUGAACACAGUAGAACGUUACAACCCUGAAAAUAACACCUGGACUCUAAUUGCGCCCAUGAACGUGGCCAGGCGGGGAGCUGGUGUAGCUGUUCUUGAUGGAAAACUGUUUGUAGGUGGUGGCUUUGAUGGUUCGCAUGCUAUCAGUUGUGUGGAGAUGUAUGAUCCAACUAGAAAUGAAUGGAAGAUGAUGGGAAAUAUGACUUCACCAAGGAGCAAUGCUGGGAUUACAACCGUAGGGAAUACCAUUUAUGCAGUGGGAGGAUUUGAUGGCAAUGAAUUUCUUAAUACGGUGGAAGUCUAUAACCUAGAGUCAAAUGAGUGGAGCCCCUAUACAAAGAUUUUCCAGUUUUAACAAAUUUAAGACCCUCUCAAACUAACAGGCUUAGUGAUGUAAUUGUGUUUAGUAGAGGUACAUUUGUGAAUAAGGAGGGUGGGUGGGUAUAGAUGUUGCUAACAGCAACACAAAGCUUUUGCAUAUUGCAUAUUAUUAAACAUGCUGUAUAUACUUCUUGUGUUUAUUUGGAAAGGAAUGCAAAGAUGAAGGUCUGUUUGUGUAUUUUUAAGACUUCUUUGGUUAUUUUACUGUCUGGAAGUUGGUAUUAUAAAAGAAUAAACCAAGAAUUGAUUUAGCACAUCAUUUCAAGAAGUCCCCUCUCCACAAUUGUUUUGCCAAUUUGCACUUUUCCCUCAAAUAUGUAUUAAGGAGAAAGAGGGGUAGGGUUUAAACAUGUAGGCGGUUGGGUUUUUUUAAGGGCCCUUUUUCAGUAACUGGAACACUGUAUAACAAAGGAUACUUAUUUAAAUAGAGGACAAUGACUAUUUUUGUUUUUAUUAAGAGAGCCAACUUGCCUACCAAUAUUUAAUCUUUUAUGAUUGCCUUUUUAUAACUUUUUAUAUUCUCAGCAAAGUGCUUUACCUAUUAAGUGAAAUGUGGCAGACUGAAGUACAGUGGCAACCUUAAAGUAUACAAGGUAGCGUGUUUACUUUAAAUGCCCAGAAUAUAAACUUUACAUUUUUGCCGCAACUAUUUUUUUUUUUUUUGAGAAUGCAUUACAUUUGAAUGGGUUGCUGAAAGUAAAAUUGCUGUGAUUUUUAGUAUUUGAAACACUGGUUUAAAUAUUUUGACUUGUUGAAGGUACAUUUCAUAUAGCAAGACAUUUAAUGUAUAGUAGUAUAGAACAGUAAAGUACUUUAUCUGCUAAAUAAUUCUUAUUUUUAUUUAUCAUUAACAAAACAAUCCUUAAAUGGCAAUCCUCAAUUGUGAAGAAAAAAUACAGGAUUUGAGAAUGCAGCCUUUAUCAGAAUUAUAUUUUUGUUCAGCUUUUCUAUUCAUAUAGAUAAAUACUGGUGGGAAUGACUUGGUGUCUGAGGUGUAGUGUUACACACCUAACUCACGGUGCCAAAAUCAGCACAUCCUCAUGCUUCUGCUGAUGCAAACACGUUAAAGGUACUUGGCAGGAAAUCCUUGCAUCAUGAAAUUAAUGUCCAAAUGCUGUUUGUGUACUCAUUCAUUGCUAAAAGUUUUGGGGGAAACUUUGAUGAGCUUAUAAGGAAUGAUGUAAGGUUUUUCUCACAGAAGAUGAAGUACACAGGAAUCUGAUUGGCCAGUUGAAGUGAGAUGACUACUAUUCAGUGACUAACUUGGGUUAGGAAGAAAAUUAGGUAUUUUCUCUAAAUGUUCACUGGUACUUUGCCACCUUAUUUCUCAUCUGUUCCACAAAGAAUUACCAAGAAAAGAAAUCAGUUCACUUGAUAACUAUGUAGCUCCUGACUAACUCUAACUGGCUUGGUUCUGGACAAAAAACUAGAUCGACAGAUACGAAUUUGCCUAAUAUGAUGACUGUUUUUAAUAUGGAUGUUUACAUGUUCUAUUCAGCACAAGGAAAUAAAGUUUUAGUUGAGGAUUCAGCACUAAAA